CGCCGCUGCCAUGAGCGCCCCGCAGCCGCGACUUCUUGAAACCUAUAACAGUCUUACAGACAAACACCUGGUUGGAUAUUUCAGCAAUGCCAGGAUAAGACGACAUCUUCAGAAAUCAGGACUGAUCUCCAGGAGUGGAAGAAUAAUACCUGAGCGAGAAUACCGUCUGAAUGCCACGAGGAGGGAGCAGCACAGGCGUGUCCGGGAGUGCUUGGCCGAUGCCAUAUUCCGUAAGGUCCUCGACAUGGAGCAUCAUCAUCAGCGGGAGAUGAAAAAUAAUCUUGACUGUUCUGUGAGGAAAGACAGGAUGCAGCCAAUCAAGAUGGAGCCAAUCAGGGAAUCUAUGGAAGAAAUCAUCCGCGUGCGUUGCCCACAUCCACCCCUGGCUCCAAGGAACCAUCUCGGGCUCUGCCCUUUGGUGGCAGCAGAACGAGCUGGUUGCUCUCACUGCUGGGCACCUGUCCUUGGAGCUGAUUGUUGCUGUGGACAUUGUCUUCAUCAGCACCGAUGCAAGGAGUCUUCCUCCUCUAAGGUGAGUUCCUUGGCACCAAACAGAGCUCCAGGACAUUUGCAGCAGCCCCCUCGCCUCCAGCCCCUGCACGGCUGGGCUGCAGCAGGGUCUGCACCCAAGGCUUCCAAACAGAAGUGCCAUGCACUGGAACGUGAGCAGCAGUGUGCCCGUGGGGGGGAGAGGAGCCCGUUAAGGAUCGUGAAUUCCGUGGAGUACCUGGCCGUGUCACCGUACCAGCUCCCUGUCACCUGUCCGUGCGCGCUCCCGGCGCCGCCGCCCCGCCCGCGCCGGGGGGACAGGCGCGUCCCCGCGCUCGGGAGCGCGCUGCCCAACGAGAGACGCUUCCACCCCACCACGGCCUUCAACGAGCAGGUUUUGAUCAGGAAUACUCGAGGGUUCCCCAAGUCCCCGUUGUGCAGCAACGCCUUUGUCACCAUGAUCUACCUAGGAAGGAGUAAGCACGUGUCUCUUGUGUGCAAGGAUGAAAUCAAAGUCUAUCAGCAGUACUGUGGAACAGAGAACAUUUGUGUCUAUAGAGGCGAGCUGCUGGAAGGAGAUACCUUCCAGUUCAUCUCCAAGAGGCACCUCGGUUUCCCGUUCAGCCUCACGUUUUUUCUCAACGAGACAGAAGUGGAGAGGCUGAGCAGCUGCUGUGAGUACAGACACCUGAGGUGCCCCCGGCUGCGGCGCAGGAACAGCUACUUCAGGAUGCUCCAUGUGGCAGGAGCACCCCCUUGCUACAAGUGCAUUGUUGCAAUGGGUCUGGACAGAAAGCUGAACCCUCCCAAGAGGAAGGCUAGGUCCUGUGGGAUGAAGUAUUUGUGUCCCUGGGAAUGUGCUCUGCACUGUGAGCCAUGUGAGCCAUGUGAGCCAUGUGACAGCAGCUUUGAGCACAAAUCAAGGGAAGAUUCAGCAUCAGGCACCGUACGGGGAGGUGGAACAAGUACAGAAACUGUUGAGAAAGCACUGGAGACUGAAGAGGAGUCCAGCGAAGAAGAAAUGGAAAACCAAUCUAGUGAGGAGGGCGAAGAUAAUGAGGAAGACACCAGUAAAAAAGAAUAUGAGGAAGAUUUUGAAGCAUAUGAAGAAGUUAAUGAAGAGGGACAGACUGGUGAUCAAAUGAAUGGAAUGUCAGAUGAUAAAAACCGUAAAUUAGACUAUGGAAAGGAGAGUGCAACCUCAUCCCAGAAGGCACUGGGGGCCUCUGACAGGGAGAAAAACGAAAGCGAUGGAUAUUCUGAUGACAGGGACUCUGAAGAUGAUCUACAAGAGAGGAAGCCUGCAGACUCUCUCUCGUCCAUGGGCACUCAGUGCAGCACUGAGACUGACUCUCAUGCUGAAAUGAUGACAGACGAUGUGAAUGGCAAAGAGGACUGCAAUUGCAAAAGUACACCUGAAAGUGCAGCACGUGAACACUGUGGAAACGAGAAUGGGGAGAAGAAACUGCUCAGAAUGGAGGAAAAUCAGGAGACUUCUGCACUGGAAAAGAAAGGAAUAGAUGAAGAAGAAAAGACAAAACCAGAAGAUCUAACAGCAAGGGAAGAUACUAUAAUUUCUCAUGAAAACAUAAUGGCAAUGCAGCAUCAAAAUCCUGAGGUUAAUGUGGAAUUCAAACAGACUGGGUCAGGAGAAAGUGACAUGAAUGAGGAGGAGAAAUGUGCUCCAGUGUCUUGGGGAAGCAGGGUAUUGAACAGGGAGGAUGGCAGUGAGGAGUGUCCUGGUGAGGAAGGAGCUUUUGAAGACUGCAAACCAGUCCAGGAGGAAAUAGCAAAAGCAAGUGGAAAUGAUCAUGCUGCGAAUUCUGACCCUGAACCUGGUGAUUCGUGUGUCAAUGAGGAAGAAAAGAACGCAGCAAAUACAGAGCGUGGUGCCAGUGGAGGUGAGAUUGGCUGUCAGUCAGGGACAAGGAUUAAAUUACUCACCUGAAGUCUUUUAA